GCGCACAUGACAACACGGAUUUCCUCAACACAUUUGCCGGAAAGACGAUUAACUUACCUUUACACUGUCGUCGGUUCGACUUUGUUUGAAACUACCACUGGAACUUUCUCUUCCAGAAUUGUUGUCAAAGACAUUUUGAAAAUCGGUCAAAGAUAUCGUUUGUAAAAUUUUCAAAACCAAAUUUUUUAUUUAAAAAGGAAAUCGUUCGAAACGUUAUUUUUGGAGGUCUUGUUUCAACAUUUGUCCAAAAUGGAAUUGUGGUCUUGUGUCAACAUUUUGAUGACGCUGUUGCUGCUUUAUGUUGCUGUUGAAGACGUUGACAGUAACACCAUCAACAGACAGAACAGCAACAACGUUGAUAUAGGAAACAGUACAGAAUUUGAAGACGUGGCAGACAACGGCACCGACCCCACCAACACAACGGCAUCGCCAAACCUCACAACAGAGGAAGAAAGAUUGUUUGAAAUGAGAGAAAGGAUCCAUUCAUGGAACCGCCGAUACCGUCUGCAGCGGAUCCGGGAACAGAUUCUGCGCAGUCUGGGCUGGACGGAACCUCCGAGCAUCCCGGAAGGCCUCAUCCGCAACAUUACCAACCAAUCAUACCCUUACACGUUGAUGGAGGACGAACUGGAGAACAGGGAGGAGAGCCGCUGUUUCUCUGCCUCGUGUUCUCUCCCGAGGAAUAUCGACCGCCAGUUGUGGGAGGACAACCAGCUCGGAGGUUUCCGAGUCUACACGAGUCUAGCUGCGAGACAGGACACUGCCCCAACACAUCUGCGGCAAGCCAAUCUGAAUGUCUUCCUUCGACACACGAAUGGCUUCACUUGUCACGGGGAGGAGGUUCCAAUGUCAGCGAGCGGCUCCAGGUUCCUGGUGUCGGUGUACCAAUUCCUCAGACCUCUGAGAUUCCAGCGAUCUCGCAACAGAGUUUUAAACCGGAAGCGCUUGCUGGAUGCCCGGAUGGUGACAACAACGGGACCAACGUGGGUGACGUUUGACGUGAAACAGGCCGUCAUGCAGUGGUUAAGCGGCGAGCGGAACAACUUCGGUUUCGAGAUUAUUGUCAAAGAUGAAAACGAGGUGCCAUGUAACGCAAUGAAUAUGGUUGUUCCCGUCGAUUGCAAUAGUCCAGAAGAGACUGGAUGCCGGGAGGAACCAGUAGCUUUCAACCGAUUCCGCUGGAUUCAGGAGAACAUUGAAUCCAACUAUCCUUACUUAGAAAUCAUCACUACUCAAAGCCGAUUUCGUCCUCCAUUUGGUCGACUCCGUGCGAGACGUGACGUCGGAGCUACGUCGUCACCGGUCACAACUGCGGCACCAAAAAACAGCGUGAGAUCGGUCGGGAUGUGUCAAGGCACGGAAGUGAGGAUAGCCACGUGGGAGUCAAGCCCCUAUGUAAUAGCACCAUCAUCAUACACGACGCUUAUGUGUGGCGGCACCUGCGUGACGACGUUCAACGGCAUGCUGCAGAUUGUAUCGUCACGCUGUCGGCCUACUGAGUCACGUCCCGUGAUGGGUCUUUAUUUUGACGAUUCCCAGCGAGUUUAUUAUGGAGAGCUGCCGUUCACACAAGUCUUACAGUGUGGCUGCUGAUGAAAUACUGCUGUUUCAAGUUAUUUUUCAAUUAAGAUGCCAUUUGAACACGAACAUUUCUGUCAAUGGUUUAUGCCUUAAAAGGAACAUUUCGCCUAAGCUAUUUGACGUGUAAUAUGUGCAAGUUUUUUGAAUGUCUAUUUCUUGAAAGAUAGGGAAAUUGGAUCAAGUGGUUCAAAUCGAAAUGCCAUUUGAAUGAGAAUUAUAUUAUAGUAUUUUUUAUUUUUUAUGGAAGAAUAGCUACUGUUACAAGUGUGCAUGCAUCAGUGUGACUUCACAGAAAAUGCAUCGAGAAUGAGGCAUCGUGUGACUAAGGUGCCCCUUCCAUUCAUGUCAAAUCAAAAUAUCAUUCUUUAAUAAUCUAUUCAGAAAAGAUCUACUAGUAGCUAAACCCGGACUGAAUGGAUGAUGGAGUGUAUUUUAUGAAAAAUGAAAAUUGAAUAUCAAUUACAAAGGUUUUCGUGUUAAAGAGGCAUGUUCGUGUCUCUUAACCGUGUAAUAUUUUCUUCAUCAUAUCAGUAUUUGUUUGAAGUAGGACAUAUGAUUGCAUUCUUUAUGUACGUUACAUUUAUUCCAAUGCUUGUUUCAACACGUUGCCAUGGUUACUGCACCACUUCAUCACCUACAGCGUGUCACGUGACAUUGUACAUACUUCAUGCGUGUAGUUAGCCGGAAGUGCCCACAAGGGAUCCUUACAAUGCAAUGAUGUGUCAGAGCGAUUGAAUGAAGGAUGAUAGAGUGAGUGAAUGUAAGAGUGAGUGAAUGAAUGGAUUUUAUUGGUUAUUCCUUUUCCUCAACAAGGAGACAGAUGGCAGCACUUGUUUUGUAUUACAUUGUUUAUCAAUAUGAAUAUAACAUAUGUGUGUAUAUCACUGGAAACGGUCAAGCUGUGCGAUGUAUUCCCUUGGCGUCCCCGAUUUCCCACAUGGGUACAAUGUGUGAAGCCCAUUUCUUGUGUCCCCCGCCGUGAUGUUGCUGGAAUAUUGCUAAAAGCGGCGUAAAACCAAACUCAGUCAGCCUAGGCGUCCCCUUUAAUAUGGCAUCAGUUCGGGAAUAUGAAGAGAACGAAAGCGGCAUCAUCUGAAGCGCUCGUAAAUGUUUACCAUCAGCAUCACUGUUGAACGCUGAUCCCUUCUUUGUGGAAACUAAAACGACGUUUAUAGUUUGAGGAAGUCUCUUAAACGUUGGAAGAUAUGUUUUCCGGAUGAUAACUUAUUUAUUGAUUCUGAUAAUGGGGAAAUGUAUCCCUGAACUGUCGCCAUAAACUAAAACGAAGGUGUUUUCUAUAAACGUUCAAGGGGCGGGGUAGCCUAGUGGUUAAAGCGUUCGCUCGUCACGCCAAAGACCCGGGUUCGAUUUCCCAUAUGGGUACAAUGUGUGGAGCCCAUUUCUGGUGUCCCCUGUCGUGAUAUUGCUGGAAUAUUGCUAAAAGCGGCGUAAAACUAGACUCACUCACUAUAAACGUCCCAUGUCUGCUAGAAGUCUCACGCUUAGUGUUUGAAAGUGAAAAUAGGUUCAUAGACGAAAAGCCACAAAUGCGUUUAAAUUUUAAAGGCGCCAGGCGGGAUGGGGAUUUCGAUCCUGCACCUGGGGAAAUGUAUAAUUAAUUGCUUCACUUACACCUGUUGUAUAACCAUAAGGGACUGUGGGCCAAUCAGGAAAGUAAAGGUCCUUUAAUUCUCCAGCUGAAUAUUUAUUGAAUCCUGGUGAAGCGGUGAAUGUAUGAUGAAUUUUGGUGAAUUCGUCACCCUUUCAUCAUACAGUUUAUGAACAUGAAGUUGUGUUUCCAGUGCAUAUGAAAUAUAUGGACAUGAAAAUACCGAUGUUGUUUCAGUAUAUGUUUUAUUCAAACUGUAUUUAUGCAUUUUUCAUGUGUAUUUAUUUCGUUUUAGUGACAUGUGUUUGUUAUGACCGUCUCUGUUAAUCCUGUUGUUGCAUGUACCCAGUGCCUCAUGUCUAGACUAGAGCAGUCGGUUGUAGAAACUGUAUCGUGUGUUAUCAAUGAAUGUCGUUAUCAAAUAAACAUCCACUACAUUAAAACUA